AUGAUGCCCAAUUACGUUGAAGAGAGAAGCAUUGUUAUGGCUACUGAAAUUAUUAAUACUUUUGCUCCGGGAUCUACUGUGCCUAUGAUAAACCACACUGGGACACAGUUUUCUCCAGAUGCAGUUCCUUUCCAGUCUCGAAACACUUCUGGAUACAUGAAUAAAAUGGAACCUCAGAUAGCUGAUCAAGAUGCAAUUCCAUCAACUUCCGGUGCUUUUAAUGGGUUUACUAAUGAUUUUUCAAAAAUAAAUGUAAACGAGCAACCAGAAAAUCAAAUUAAAACCGACUUGGAUGACAAGAGUGGUGCCGAAUCAACCGCGGGUUUGAAUGGAAUUUCUGACGAUUCUGAUAUCUUCUCUUUUCUCAACACAGACAAUUUGGAUCUGGUUGAACAAUGUUUGUCAACAGCUAACUACUACGUAUCAAUGCUGACACGCGAUCAGCGAAAUGUCUUAAGAUCCAUUCGCCCUAAUAUAUUGUACGCAUUCCUGGUGGAGGUGGCUAAGAUAAGAAAUGAGAGACAACGACUACAACGCCAGGUAAUAGAUGAAUGUGCUUUUUGCAAGAACAAUGGUGAAAAUGAAGAGUUCUACCUGUCUCAUGUAUUGAAGGACAGCCGUGGUCGUGUGCUGUGCCCAGUCCUUCGUGCUUUCCGCUGCCCACGCUGUGGCGCCACCGGGGAUAGGGCGCACACCAUCAAAUAUUGCCAUCAUAGAUCAACUGAUGGUUUCGAUCGCAAUGGAUACAUUCCUCGCCGCCGUGGACAUUCGCCGCCACCGAGUGUGACACUGGGCUUCAGCAGAAUAGCUGAAGCACGCAGAAUGGUCGGAGUGAACACUGAAGAGCCUCUCUAUUCCCAAGAAAACUUUGAUAACUGGUUUGCCAAUAAUGGCAUACAGUAA